AUGGAGGGUUUCAGCCAGAAGCAUGCCAUUGGAAUUCCUCUGCCUUCCUUUGCAUAUGCUGACGAGAAAACACAAGGAAAACCAUCAUGUUCUUCUUUGGUUCGCAACAAGGACAAAAAGAAUUCCAUCGUUUAUCGGAUGAGCAAGCUAAGCCAGAAAACAGAUACUUACAUGCAGGGCUUCAAGGAACACUUAGCACUUGGACCGAAAUUUUCGGAAACUGUGAAAGGGAAACUGAGCUUAGGUGUGAAGGUUCUCCAAGCUGGUAGCAUGGACAAGGUCUUCAGGCAAUACUUCCGAGUCGAGAAAGAAGAGAAGCUACUGAAGGCUUUCCAGUGUUAUCUCUCAACCACAGCCGGCCCAAUAGCUGGAAUGCUUUUCAUCUCGACUGAGAAGAUUGCCUUCCAUAGUGACAGGCCUUUGGAUUUAAAAUCGCCCAAGGGCCGCAUCGCAAGGGUGCCCUACAAGGUCAUGAUUCCUGCAAAGAGGAUCAAGAGUGCUGCCGUGAGGGAAAAUUUGUAUAAUCCCGAUGAGAAGUACAUCGAUGUAGUUACUGUUGACGGCUUCGAUUUUUGGUUUAUGGGUUUCAUCAGUUACACAAAAUCACUGAAAUAUCUUCAGCGUGUAAUUUCGGAGAUGAGAUGA